AAUUGAAUUUUAUUUCCCAGAUAGUAACGAAGUAGUUUAAAAACAUAUUUAUACACACUGUAUGUAUUUAUACGUUUCAUAAUCAACAAGCAUUUUUUGCCCGAGACUUAAACUAAAUUAUCUCUAAAUAAAUCACAAUCAAAUUAAAUCAGUCAAAAUUCGUGUAGAAAACAGUAUAAAAGAGUGAAAACCUUAAGCAAGUGGCCCCCACCAAAACAAGAGGGAGAAACACCCAGAGGGAGAGCCAAAGCGACAGAGAGAGAGAGAGAGUACGCGCGUGAGUGACAGUCUGUGUGUUGGAGAGGGGUCACAGGGGCAUAGCAGGAAGUGGAUUCACAACAGCAACAACAGCAGAAUUAGCAAAAACAAAAAUAAAUACAGAUUUCGUAAAGUUGUUGUUAUUUUGCAUAGAUAAAAAGAAAACUAUGGAUGAUACGGCUGCCUCGCCAGCUGCGGCCACCGCCACUGCCGCUGGUUAUGAUGCUAGCCGCGAGAAAGCAACAACUACAAAUAUUAAAGACGACGGCAGCAACAGCGUUAGGCUUUUAAUUAAAUCAUCGAAUCAGCAAUAUGACGAUAUGAUCAUUGAGAGCGACUUAUGUUGGACAGUCCAAAGAUUGAAAAAACAAUUGUUUUUGGUAUAUCCUGGCAAGCCGGACAUCAACGAUCAAAAGCUCAUUUACUCAGGAAAAUUGUUGGAUGAUAAUCAAAAGCUAUCAGAGGUUAUACGCAGCUAUAAGGAUGUCUAUCAGCAGCAUAAUAUCUUUCAUUUGGUCUGUGCCAAUAAGAAUGUACCCAAAGCUCCCCUUAAAACCAUGCCAAAAGUUGCCCAAUCAACAGCACCAACAACCACCACCACAACAUCAACACCAACAACUGCAACAGGAUCACCAUCAACAGCAUCGGCAUCUGGGGCAGAGCAACCGAAUGAAUUACGCCAUCGCCAUGGACUACAAGAUCAUCAGAGGCAGCAACAGAUACCGCAACAAGGCGUAGCUUUCGACAGUUCUUGGGCACAAUUCUGGCAGCAGCAUAACCAACCCAAUCUGCAUACGGCCAACACUAAUCCACAACAAAUGCUUCAAUAUCAGGCUAUGCUAUACAAUGCCUGGAUGCAGCAGGUGUAUGUCCAGUAUAUGCAACAGAUGAAUGGCUCAACAAGUGGAUCUGGUUUGCCAAAUAUGCCUUUACGUUGCUUUCUGCAAACACCGACGCCCGUGGUGUCACCAGUGGCAACUGCAGAUGCAACAGUUGCUGCUGCCCAAAUGCCAGCACGAGCCGAUGAUGAGGGAGCCGCUGUUGCUGCUGCUGCUGCUGCUGGGGUCGUGGAGAACGAGAGACGCAAUUUUCCCAAUAUCCAAGAAGAGCCCGAAAUGAGAGAUUGGUUAGAUAGCUUUUUCAGCUUCACACGCUUGGCGGUUUUCUUCACAGUUCUGUAUUUCAAUUCAUCGCCUUUGCGUUGCCUUCUGGUGGUCCUUAUUGCUGGAGUGAUUUAUCUCUAUCACAUUGGUGUCUUGCGUCGUCGUCCUGAGCGCAACAACAACAAUAUCAAUCGCAACAAUAAUGCUGGCAAUGAUGCUGCUGCCUUUGCCGCUGUACAGCAAAUACAACGUAUGAUGGAUGCAGCUGUUGAACGUGAACAGAAUGAUCCACAGGCUGCCAAUGAACCUGUUGCUGGCAAUCAGCAGGAUAAUGUUGAUGCACCAGCUGCGGCUGGACCAGCGGGCAGUGGACCAGCCGAUCAAGCAGCUGCCAUGGCUGCCGAAGCUGUUGUCGUCGAUCAACCAAAUGCCAAUAAUUCUGUGAUUUCCGUUGUACGCACUUUUGUGGUCACCUUUUUCACCUCUCUGCUGCCCGAGGCUCCAGCGUUGUAAGGACAACCAAAAAAAGUCUUCAGGCUCUCUCUUCAUUUUGGAUGUUGUUUUCUUUUAUUUUUUUUGUAUUCAUUUAAUAUAAUCAAAAUCCCCCUUAUAUGCCUUCACCACCUCCCCUAAUGAAAAAUAUGUUGAACCUUA